AUGGGCGAAUCCGAGGAAGAGAACAAACAGGAAGUCUUGUCCAAACCGCAAGAUCAACAAGGUGCUGCACCAGCUCCCUCUCCAUCUCCCGAGGCUGAGCAGACCACCCCGCGCGAAGAGACGCUCGCGCAGGCAAAGAAGUUUCUCCAAGAUGCAGAGGUGCAGAAUACAACACCAGAACGCAAAGCCGAAUUCCUCAAGAGCAAGGGACUAGCAGACAGUGACAUAGAGGGACUGUUAAACGAGGUGACCCAGGAUGGGCGGCAAGAAUCCCAACCCUCGAUUCCAGAAGAAAGGAUAGAGCCGCCGCUGUCUAAGAAGGAAGACCGACCACCAAUCGUAACAUAUCCCGAGUUCCUAACCAAACCCGAACGGCCACCACCUUUGGUUACGGUCAAUCGCUUCCUCAACACCUUAUAUGCCUUCGGCGGCUUGUCCACCAUCGUUUACGGCGCAAGCAAGUUCGUCGUCGAGCCAAUGGUCCACACACUCACCGAAGCGCGCAUCUCGCUCCACGACACGGCCAACCAAGACCUCGCGAAGCUCGUCGCCAAACUCGAGACAGUCGUCUCCGAAAUCCCAGAGUCCAAGCCGAAAGACGCCAAAGCCACCGAAAAGCACACCGAUGACGACGUGGUUAGCAGCUACGACGACCCGACCGAACUCUUCCACCGGGACAUUGGCAUCCAAACCUCCCUCCCCUCGUCCCCCAACCCCCAGUACGCACACCACUCGCAACAAAAGGAAGCACCCACAACCCACCAGAGCCAGCGCCUCGCGCGCCUGACGGCCGCGCUCAAGUUGCUCAACGAGAGCGUGGGCGACCAGACCGAGACGCUGGGCGACGUGCACACGGUCAUGGACGUGCUGCAACAGGACGUGGACAAGCUCAACGCGGCGGCCGCGACCGACUUUGUCGGCAACUUCUCCAUGUACGGCGGCCCGAACAAGAACGAGCCGGACGACGAGAUCAAGCGGGCCAAGGAGAAUAUCAGGCGCGUCAAGGGGGCGCUGUUGAGCACAAGGAGCUUUCCGGCGAGCAGUCGGUAA